AUGAAUAACAAUUUUAGAUCACCAGAAUCGAAUGACCCAAUAAAGAAGCUGCAAAACUUGCUGAACAACUGUCUGUAUUCUGUUAUUGAUGUACUGAACAAAUUAUCUUACGAAGGAGAACCUAAGGAAUUGGAAAUUGUACCUGAAGAGGAAAGUGAAUAUGCUUACUUUGUAAACUUGUUAAAAGAACGGGCCUGUGAAAUUCAGGGAGAAACGAAUGAAGGAAUUAUAAAGGGAGUAGUAGCGGGGGAAGAAGCAAGAGAAGUGGAAGAAGUGGAAGAAGUGAACAAUGUCGACGAAGUAGAGAAAGUGGACGAAGUGAGAGAAGAAGCAAAAACUGAACAAAAAGCAGAACCGAAUGAGCAUCCCAAUGGAGAUGGUAAAAGUCAUGUGAAUGACAGAGAAACAAAUGAAUCAGAAGACCAAUCAAGUGAAGAAACCAUCGAUGAAUCGUAUGAUGAAUCGAAUGGAAUAUCAAAUGAUCAAUCAAAUGAUGACAUGGUGGAUAGAAAAAAAUCCGACGAUGAGCAGCCACAACACUCUGCGCAAGAAGGUCUUGAAGAAAAAAAAUAUUUUGUCAAACCGAAUUUAGAAAAAUCAUUAGAACAGGAAAUACUAGAUCGUGUGGAACGUAUGAAUUUAAUUUUAAAAAUGAUAGAUUCUUGUAUAGAUGAAUUGCCCGAUUCUUUCAUGAUAGAGGAAGAAAAGUGCAAAGAAAUGAAGGUGCUACAAAAAAAGAAAGACGAUGCCAAGGAAGAACUAAAAGAACUAUACAAUGAAUACGACUCUAUCUACAAUUAUGUCACAGAUAGCCUGCGGAAUUUCAUUGUUGACAUGGAUUAA